UUUAGUGCAGCACAGUAGUUUACUAGUAAGGUUUAAUUGCAUACUAGUUGGCCAAAAGUGGCAAUAGUAGUGGAAAAAAAUAGUUCUACUUGUGCUCCCUAGUUUUCGUAUUACCCUAUGCCAAAGUUGUCCCACUCCACGAGUGAGGGCAAAGAGCGUGGUGGUACAAAAAAGAUGGAACAAUGCUCAAGCUGCUUUCCAUAAGGUUCGACGGUUCGUUUUUAGUACAGGGGCUAGUAGAUCUGCUCUUUCCGAGUCAGUUCAAGUGGAACUGGAUUCACAGUGAGAGUGUUUCCGCCGCGUUUGGCUCACGCAGGGCACCAUUUCCACCGCUGGCGUUGGGGUGGAGGGGGGGAAAGAAGCGCAGUAACUGCACCCCACGGUCCACAUCUAAUAACUACUGCAACGCUGGUGACAGACUUUACUUGACUGGUAAGGUCCAAAAUGUCUGAACUCUUCAUGGAAUGUGAGGAAGAAGAGCUGGAGCCAUGGCAGAGAGCAGCUCCAGAGCAGUUGACUGAGGAGGAGGAGGAGGAGGACGACGACGACGACGAGCCCAUCUUUGUUGGAGUAGUGUCGAAAAAGGAACACGAGAUUCCGCCUGUUGCUCCACCUCCUCCAAAGGACAAUGUGGUCAAGCAUGUGGUCAACUCUGCUCCUGUUCCUGUUGCUGCUCCUGCCCCUGCUCCUGCUCCUUCUGCUGCUGCUGCGCCGGCCCUGGCCUCUUCUAUAAUGUUACCUUUGAAAAUAGCUGGAAAUGCCAUCAGUACUCCAACAGCCAAUCUCACGACACUGACUCCGCAGCCAGUUAUUGUUAAUAAUCAGGGCUUCAUCGUAACCCCGCAGUUAACCAGCAACAAUAACCUCAUUGCCACUCUUGGGAAACAGUAUCCUCCUGGGACCAAAUUUACCUUUGUACCAGCCGGUCAGCCGCGGCAGCUAUUCCAGCAGGUCACCCCAGUCACUACUGUACCCGGUGUUGUCCAUCGGCCUCACGUGCAGCAGAUCCGAAACAACGUUGUGACAUUGGCUAAUGUGCAGAGCCCCACUGUGUAUUCACCCAAACACCGUCUGCUGCAAGUCACCCACGCCACCUCUGCGCAGACCAUCCCCUUGCCUGUUCAGACUAACAGCUUAAACAGAGAGACAGUGAAGCGGGUGUUGAUACCUCAGCAAAUCGACAAAGCUGUGAAAAGAUUCAAAGCUGACAUCAGCCAAGCAAAUGCAACCAUACCAGUGGAAAAUGGUGAGGUAAAGAACAAAUGUCCACAUUGUAAAGAAGAAUUCCUUCAGCAGGAGGCGUUGAAUCAACAUAUGACUAGUUGCGGGGCUCGAGCGGAAAGUAGCGCCCCACUAGCCGAUGUCACGCAUAAACGCAUCAUGCUGGUGUCAGAUUUCUACUACGGCAGAUUUGAGGGAGAUUGUGACAAGGCGCCUGUGGAGAGGAGCAGCAUCACUUUCAAGUGUCAGUGUUGCUUGAAAGUUCUCAAGAGCAACAUCAGGUUCAUGAACCACGUGAAACACCACCUGGAGCUGGAGAAGCAGAACAAUGAGAGCUUAGAGAGCCACACAACUUGCCAGCAUUGCUACCGCAUGUACAUGACUCCAUUCCAGCUGCAGUGCCACAUUGAGAGCGCUCACAGCCCCAUCGAAUCCUCCACGAAUUGCAAGAUAUGUGAGCUAGCGUUUGAGUCAGAGCAAGUGCUCCUGGAGCACAUGAAAGACAACCAUAAGCCCGGGGAGAUGCCCUACGUCUGUCAGGUCUGCAAUUAUAGAUCCUCCUUUUUCUCAGACGUAGAGACACAUUUCCGAAGUGUCCAUGUAAACACGAAAGACCUGCUGUGUCCUUUUUGUCUCAGGAUUCUGAGAAAUAGUCAAAGGUACAUGCAACACUUCAUGAAACAUCAGAAAAAAGGCAUCCAUCGCUGUGGGAAAUGUCGACUGAAUUUCCUCACCUUCAAAGACAGAAUUGACCACAGGACUCAAGUCCACAAGACUUUCAGAAAGCCUUCAGUUCUGGAGGGCCUGCCUGCGGGGACAAAGGUUACCAUUCGAGCCUCGCUCAGUGGCAAGAUGGUCGCCACUUCGGGUUCGGUGGAUCGAUCUGCUAUAAUUUUCACUCCUGAAACGCUAAGCAACAGUGCAACCACCGGUUGGGCCAAAUCCAAAAGAAACACCUCUGAAGCAGGAAAGGCCAAGAUAACUCCGAAGAAGAAAGGCCAUUCUACUACCAAUUGCAACCUGUCACUCAAAAGCAUAAGUGUGAAUGGAGGUUGCUACACUUGCAUUGAGUGCAACACCAAAAUCGAUGACUUCUUUUCCCACUUCCUGGUAUCCUCCGUUUGUGGCGCGUGCAAUUAUCGGACAAGUUGCAAAGUUGCCAUUGGAAACCACAUGAUAAGAUUUCAUAGCACGGUCAACAAGAGCAGAUUUUCCAAAGCGGAUCAGAGGAAACAUUCGUCUGCAAUGAAAUUAACGCUGGUGUGUCUCAACUGUGACCUCCUGGUGGAUGCGUCGGGUGGUGACGUGAUGAGCAAACAUAUAAAUGACAGACCAAAUCACGUAUGCAAAGUCAUUGAGGAGAAAGGUGUCAAAGCCGAAACUGGAGUCCAGGACCAGAGUGAUGCUUUACGAAUGAAAAGGAAGGAACUACUCCCCAAGCUGAAGGAGGCACGGGAAAGGGGAGAAAUGGCGAUCCUGAGACACGACAAACUGAUAUUCCUAACGCCUGCAACAGCACACCAAAACAACACAGAAACAUCUGUUGACUCUUCCAAGCCAUGCACAGUUUUAAAAUCAGCACCGAUGGAAACAACCUUGCAAAUUGAAGAAAUGGAACAUUUGCCUCAAGUGAGUGUUGAACAACCACAAUCUGCACCAGUGUUGCCGGCAACUGUUGAAGAUUCUCCAGAAGAAAACACGACACAGUCAGCAGUUGAAGAUUCUCCUGGUGAAAACGUGACACGGUCAGCGGUUGAAGAUUCUCCAGGAGAAAACGCAGCACAGUCAGCGGUUGAAGAUUCUCCUGAAGAAAACGCAACACAGUCCGGUUCCUCCCCUUCUCACGCGUCGGAUGGCGUUGAACAUGUUAAGCUAGUUGGAGACUCACAAAUGACGGAGGACUGUGACCCCGCCCCAGCCCACAACACGGACUGAGCGGCAAAUGGCGGAACAAACAAUGCCAAUCGUAAACUCUUUUUAUAUUUCUGAAACCUUUUAAGCAUUCCCCACAGAAGAAUGGCAGUUUUUGCCAUUGACUUGACCAUGAAUCACUCAAAACUUCCUGCCAAAGGCACAUUGUAGAUAUUAUAUCAUGAUAUUGGAUGCUGUUAACCUCUUAUUGUUCAAUUUUGAAACAAAAUCAUUGGAUCCCACCGGUGAGCCGCACGAUACAUUUGGUCCAUUGGCAUCUGUCCGGCACGCUUUUUUUUUUUUUUUGUGUACAGAAACGGUUUUAUUUAAUAUGUAAACGUGUGUUUAUCACAGUACUUUAGAUGUGUACAAAUAUGGGCCGAAGGUUUUAUCGUAAUGGCAUUUGACUUGAAACGCAUGAAUAGGGCUGUCUUUAAACAGGCCACAAGAGGGCAUGAUAUACAAUACUUACAAGGAUACAAGGAUAAUCUACAUUGCCACCAGAAAGUAUUCACACGAGGGCAGGAUAUACGAGACUUGAUACAAGGAUUGUCUACGGUCCCACCAGAAAAUAUUCACACCCCUUCAUGUUUUCCACAUUUUGCUGUUACAGACUUACUCUAAAGCUGAGUUGAGUAUAGUUUUAUCUUUAAAAAUCCACAUCAAAUAUCCCAUAAUGACAAAGUAAAAACCUAUUUUUAGACAGUUGUGUAAAUUUAUAAAAAAUGUAAACAAUUCAAACACAGUAGGUACAUAAAUAUUCACACCCUUUGCUAUGACACUCAAACUUAAGCUCAGGUGCGUCUGAUUUCCACUGAUUAUCCUUGAGAUGCUUCUACAACUUGAAUGGAGGCCACCUGUGGUAAAUUCAGUUGAUUGAACAUCAUUUGGAAUGGCACACACCUGUCUAUAUAAGGUCUCAUAGUUGGCAGUGCAUAUCAGAGCAGAAACCAAGCAAUGGAGUCUAAGGAAUUGUCUACAGACCUCUGAGACAGGAUUGUGUCAAGGCACUAAUCUGGGGAAGGAUACAAAAGAAUUUCAGCAGCAUUGAAGGUCACGAAAAGCACUGUGGUCUCGAUUAUUCGGAAAUGGAAGAGGUUUAGAACCACCGGGACCCUUCCUAGAUCUGGCUGUCCAACCAAGCUGAGUCAUCGAGGUGAACAAGAACCCUAUUGUCACUAAGACGGAGCUCCAGUGUUUCCAGAACCAUCCAGAAGGUCAACCAUUGCUAAUGCACUCCACAAAUCAAGCCUUUAUGGUAGAGUGGCCAGACAGAAGCCACUUCUCACAUGGUAGCCCGCUUGGAGUUUGCCAAAAGGCACUUUAAGGAUUCUCAGACCUGCAGAAACAAAAUUCUCUGGUCUGAUGAAACCAAACUAGAACUUUUUGGCCUGAAUUGCAAGCGUCAUAUCUGGAGCAGAAGCACUGCUCAUCACCUGGCUAGCACAAUCCUUACUGUGAAGCAUGGUGGUGGUGGCAGCAGCAUCAUGCUGUUGUUCUGCUGCAGGAACUGGGUGACUAGUUUGCAUGGAGGGUAAGAUGAAAUUCUUCAAGAGAACUUGCACCAGAGUACUCUGGAACUCAGAGUAGGGCAUCGAUUCACCUUCCAACACGACCAUGACCCAAAGCACACAGUCAAGAUAACAAAAGAGAAGCUUCAGGAGCAGCCUGUAAACGUCCUCGAGUGGCCCAGCCAGAGUCCGGACUUGAAUCCAAUCGAACAUCUCUGAAAAGCCCUAAAAAUGGCUGCCCGCCGACACUUCCCAUCCAACCUCACUUACCUUGAGAGGCUCUGCGGAGACGAAUGGGAGAAAAUGUCCCAAAGUUCGUACAGACGUACCCAAGAAGACUUGAAGCUGUGAUUGCUGCCACAUGUGCUUCAACAAAAUAUUAAGCCAAGGUAAAUGUUUUUACUCUGUCAUGAGAUUUUAUAAAGAAAAGAAAACUAUAGCUUUAGAAUAAGUCUGUAACAUAGCAAAAUGUGGAAAAAGCGAAGGGGUCUGAAUACUUUCUGGUGGCACUGUAUCUACUCAAGAAAUUCACAUUGGCCAGAAGAUUAGAGGUUUUGUCUUUUAACCAAACAUUUACACAGAUGUUGAAUCUGUACGGUUGGUUGUAGUUCUUUUCCGACCCUCUGGGGGAAAAAAAAUAAAAAAUCAAAAUUUUAAAUAUUGAAAAAUCUUAACUCCAGAUGUGUGUUAAUUUUAAUGAACAAUCCUGGCGCACAUCCUCAUAGAAAGGGUUACUAUUUUUAGUAUUUUUAUUUAUAAUUUUUUUUUUCUCUCUUACCUUGAGGGUUAUAAGCGGUGUGAUAUGUGUGGAGUAGUCCAGAUCAUGUUGUGAACAAAAAGGCUUCCGUUUACACUUGUGAUAUGUUAUACAUUUAUUCCCAGAUGACAUUAUUUGUUUUUUUUUUUGUUUUUUUUUUAAAUAAAAUAAAAUAAAAACAAAAAAAACAGAUGGGGUAAAUUCAGGCUUUUCAUGGCUGCUGUUUAUCUUGAUCUUCACUGGACUUUUUGGAAUGUAAUUGAAGAAUUUAGUCAUACAUUCUCAUUUUGUCAUUUGUAAUUUCUUUGGUAGGACCCCCACAUUCAGUGGAAAUGUCCGCACACCCCUGUUCAAAGGCCAUGUUUUUGUGAUGUAAAACAAUUAGACCAAGAUAAAUCAUUUUAAAAUGUU